UACAAAUUGUUCAAUCACCAAAAUCAUCAACACACAAAAUUGUUUACAAGUUUAAACCAAAUCUCAAACAAAGAAAAAAAAUGGCCGGAGAAGGAGAAGUGAUCGCUUGCCACACCAUCGAAGUCUGGAACGAGCAGAUCAAAGCCGCCAACGACUCCAAGAAACUGAUCGUGAUAGACUUCACUGCUACAUGGUGCCCACCUUGCCGUUUCAUUGCACCAGUCUUCGUAGAGAUGGCCAAGAAGUUCCUCAACGUCGUCUUCUUCAAGAUCGAUGUGGACGAAUUGCAAUCCGUUGCUAAAGAAUUCAAAGUGGAGGCAAUGCCCACUUUUCUCUUCAUGAGGGAAGGUGAGAUCGUGGACCGUGUUGUCGGUGCAAGGAAGGAGGAAAUCCAUCAGACAUUGAUGAAGCACGGUGGUGUUGCUUCUGCUUAAAGUUAUUGUUCUUCGGUGUUUUAUUAUAUGUAAUAAAAGUGAUGCAAAUUUGGUAUUUAUAAACUUAUCUUUGUUAUGAUCACAAUAAACAUGGAUUGAUAACUUAACAGCAGCAUGAGGAAUGCUGUUGUGUUAAUAAUAAUGAACACACAAGAUUGAGUUUUUA